AUGAAGCUUUCUGAGUUCCUACCUUCUGGAGACAACCGCGGUAGAUUUAGGAUGACGUCUGCUUAUACCAGAGUGGUUCACUCUGAGGUGCGCUUUGCCUGGUCUGCUUCAGGCAGUGCUCUGACUGCACAAUGGGAGCAGACCUUGGAGCAUCACAGAUCUCAUCUGGUCCCUGGUGAUGGGUGUCUGGCCCAUCAACAGCUGCAGGCCUAUGUGGCCUGGGUGAAUUCACAACUGAAGAAGAGGCCAGCAGUGAAGCCUGUGCAGGACCUGCGACAGGAUCUCCGGGAUGGGGUGAUCCUGGCAUAUCUCAUCGAGAUUGUUGCAGGAGAAAAGCUGAGUGGGGUACAGCUGAGUCCCAGUAACCAACAGGAGAUGAAGAAUAAUGUGGAGAAAGUGCUACAGUUUGUGGCCUCUAAAAAGAUUCGUAUGCACCAGACUUCGGCUAAAGAUAUUGUGGACGGAAACCUGAAGUCUAUCAUGAGGCUGGUCCUUGCCUUGGCAGCUCAUUUCAAACCUGGCUCUAGCAGGACGGUGAACCAAGGACGGGACUCCAGAGCCCCUUUACAAAAUCACCGACCACAUUGUGCCACUGCUGUUGCCCAGGGAGCAGCUGCUGCUCUGGCCGAUGUGUGUCAUGACAUGUCCCGAUCAGGACGGGAUGUCUUUCGAUACAGACAGAGGAACAGCAGCAUGGAUGAGGAAAUUGAGAAUCCAUACUGGAGCGUGCGGGCCCUAGUGCAGCAGUAUGAAGGGCAACAAAGGUCCCCGUCUGAGUCCAGCUGCUCCAGCCUGACUUCAGCCAGUCCAAUCCACAGUGCCAAGAGUGAGUCCAUUAUAACCCAGUCAGAAGAGAAGGCAGAUUUUGUGAUUAUUCCCUCUGAAGGAAUAGAGACCAGAACAGAGGAGACAGAGUCUCCAUUAUCUCGAGACUGGCGGCCAGGGAGCCCUGGAACCUAUCUGGAGACCUCAUGGGAAGAACAGCUGUUGGAACAACAAGAAUAUUUAGAAAAAGAAAUGGAAGAAGCAAAGAAAAUGAUAUCAGGACUACAGGCCUUAUUGCUCAACGGAUCCUUACCUGAAGAUGAACAGGAGAGGCCCUUGGCCUUCUGUGAACCAGUGGUCAAUCCCGAGGAACAACUGAUUAUAAUCCAAAGUCGUCUGGAUCAGAGUAUGGAGGAGAAUCAGGACUUAAAGUACACAAUGGAUCACUUAAGAAGCCCCAUCCUCUUCAGAGACAAGAAACACUUCCAUUACUACCCUUGGGGUGGGGACCUUUCGCCUCCCGUGAGGUGCCGGCUCUCCCAGGCUUUGCGGACUGCCCCCGUGGGGUGGGGAGAUUCGCCUCUGGUGCCGAGGGAAAACUGUGUUAGGCGAAGGUGGAAGUUCUGUCGGACCCGUGAGAGCACGUGGGUGCGCGCGGGCCGCGUAGUGAGCAGCAGCCAGGAUUCCGCUCCAGAUCGCGCCCCCGUCGCAUUUCAUUGCCUGGAACGGCCCACGCCUCGCGAUGGCCCCGCAGGCACCCGGCACAGCAUAGCGUGGCUGCGCGGCCCCCGCAGCGCACGGACCCCCACCCUGCCCGACCCCAGACCCGCAGGCGAGCCCGUCUGGUAUGCAAUGGAUGGAAAGGGUACCAACUAG